AUGGCCGAGUUUUCCUUGCCUAUUCUUACCAAAAUCAACCCCCAGAUACCCGCAGAGCUCUCUGCACACUUUGCGUGGAGUCGAGAACGCGACGUCUACCUGCAGAGGAGCUUUUUGCAACGAAACCUACGGGUAUUUAUUGAUCUCCAUCGAAAAGCUCGCGAUAGGACUCCAACACCUGUAGGAUUCGUGAACACGACGCCAAGGGAGACAGCACAACAACGUCCAGAAGUCGAAACUCGCUCACUAGACGGUCCUGUGGUAGAGGAGACUCCGCCUAGACCUGCUUCGGACCUGUGUGGCAAGCCUAUGCUUGAAGCAGUUUCUAGAGAUACGAUCAUGGUCAAGAUCAUGAAAUCAGAGUAUCAACCAAGCACAAGAAGGAGCCUGAGACAUCUCACACGGGAGUUCGAUGACGAUGAGGCUGAGCUUACUUUCGCUCCUAUCAGUAUACGGAAAAAGAUAAAUUUCAAGGACAACAGACCAAAUGAGAACGAUCGCCCUGCAAAGAGAAGCAGGACGGAUCCAGAGGUACAGAGUACAAAAUGCCACUGUACGUUGACCAUAUGGGACAAUAGAGACGGCAUAGAAGAGUCUGCGGCAGCCUUGGCGGAAAAGCAUAUUGCGUGCACGGUCUUCUGGGCUCAAUACGAAAGCAAGGGCCAUGUUGUGGACAUUCAGCCGGACAAGCCUUUUACCUUACGAGCGGGCGACCUCAAGAUUCCAAUUCGUAACGAUAUCGGCGAGUCAGAGUUGAGGAUGUCCGACAAGUAUUUCAUGGAGAUCAAGAUCUGGCCGACCAGAGACAUCAAGCUUUGGCCACCAAUCCCUUUGUUAGGCAAAAGCGACGGCGAUGUCAACAGACUGAACAGAGCAGCACACGGUCUGCUAGCUGGCUCGUUGGUCGCUAAAUACAACAGUUUGCCUGACCUGCCCGACGCAAACACGCCAAUGAGCAUCUUCUACAUUGAUGAGUCUGGGCGUAUGCUCAGGACCAAAUAUGGCCUUGAGGUUUCUGGAUGCUGGAGUAAAUCUAGCACUGCUUUCCCAUCCUCUCCCGGGCUGCUCAACAACCAACUCUCCUGGACUUUUGAUGACGAAGGUCGUUCCUUUGGUCGGGAGAAGCGAGCUCGCGCAGUGUCAUUCAAGGAAAGCCCUCCAAAGCGUGUGCAGGUCGAGAAAGCUGUACCGAUCAAGCAAACAACUCCAAAAAUCUCAUAUUUCUGGGAGCCACCGUCCGAGGCUGCAUCUUGGGAAGCACACGACGCUAUGCAGAUGACUGAGCUUACGGGUCUUGGAUGCCCUGCAUGUCCGACAUUUGAGGGGCAAAACAUUCUGGAGCUUCGAUUCCAUUUUGUCAAUACCCACUACAGAUUCAACUUCAUCGUCAGCGACGAGAAGUACGAUGCUACCUCCGGCGACCUCAUCAGUGCAUUGUUCCGGGUGUCAGACAGCCGCAGACGACUCGGCGACGAGACAGAAAUCAAGUAUGAGGCCAAAUCAACGCCGUUCGAUCUCUCGGCCUACCUCAACGGCGACAGUAGCUGGACUGGACAGAAGGAUGGCCGUCCUCCUCAAAGGCCACAAAGGUCGCGUCUCGGGAACAUCGUCCGGUUUGACUCGUCGGCGAGCGCGUCCAUAAAUGACUCGUUGCUGGUUCCAGACCCACUGAUAGCGCUACGCAAGCAGAACAGAGGAUACCUCCAACCAGACCAAGUUCCCGACUUCCGCCAGCCCGCUAGGCAGAAGUUCAAGCCCAUUCAGCUCAUCCGUCACACCGACAAUAAUACCACGAUGUACGACUCGAUCACACACCGCCGCAUCGCGCCCUCCGAAGGAGAAAUGUCCGAAACUGACGACGAGCGCGACGACGUAUGGUAUCUCCAACGGCACCUUGAAGACCUCGACAUGGAUGCCGAGCAGGUCAAUCGUCCAGACGCGAAGCGCGAACUCUUCAGGCGAUGGGACAGCCACCGCUUCAAAGAGAAGCUCGAUCAUAUUGCCUUUCUGUCUGAGUCACUCUUCCGCUUCGUGAAGCAAGAGCGAGAGUGGCUGCGAGCUGGCGGACUAGAGCUCAAGCAGGCUUUUGGCACCUUCACGGCGAAUCUGCUGCAUGACCGACUCAUCGACGAGCAAGUUGAGCGGCAGGUACGUCGUAUGAUCUGGGAUUCCCACAGGGAUGAUUCCUCGCUCCAAAAGGCCGAGGCUGGAUCUGGCAAGACAUCGUCUGACCUACCGAUGCAUGCCCCCGAGAGUGCGGCCAAGACCGACCUUCUCGCAACAACGACGGACACGGCAGAGACACUCCAGCAGUGGCGCGCCUGCCUCAAUAGUCUGCCUCGGGGGACCUGCGGUAUCUGCUCGCAGCAGAUUGACCAAGCUGCAGAUACGUCAGUGGUGUGUACGGCAAGAAAGUGCGGUACCGCUUUGGUGAGAUACCACUGGGCCUGCGUCAAACUCGAUCCGCCUCCGAAAGCCAAGCCGGUCAAGGCAUGGAAAUGCAUGGCUUGUCGGGUCGAAGCUAUGCGGAAGACUGGAAAACUCAGCAACGAUAACAGGAAGGGAAAGCUCAGUAACAACAAUGGCAAGGGGAAGGGGAAGGCAAAAGAGCCUGCGUUUGAGAUCGACCAUGGCGAGAUGGCCUUCGUUCUGAUGCUUCUGAAAGAUAUAGACUCAGAAGGUUACGAGCAGAAUAGAGCAGACAUUGAAGGGCGGUUAGCUCUUGCUUCAAAGGAGGGAGGUCCGGAAGAGUUCCAGCGGGUCUCGAAGCAGAUCGCUCGUGUCAUGAAAGAGAUGAACCCCCAGGGAUACGAAGCGGCCAGAGAAGAAGCUCGACAGUGGGAAAGGCUGAUGGAGAUUGAAAAUCGUAUCUACAAGGGGUCGCCGGAGCGCGCGAAAGAUUUGGCGCAUUACAAAAAGUGUCGGGAGCAAUUCGACCUUUGGGACUGCAACCUGCUUGCGACGGGCGGAGCAAACAAGCCCCCGAAUGAUUUGGUAGCAUGA